AUGGCAGAGUUUCCAGUGAACUUUGCUAUAGAAACCUUGGGUUCCUUGCUUGUCCAAGAAACCAAGUUGUUGAGAAGUGUAAAGAAAGAAGUUGAAAGCAUCAAAAGAGAAUUGGAGAUCAUCAAAUCUUUCCUCAGGGAUGCAGAUGCAAGGGCAGCAAUUGAAGAAGAAGGAGAAAGCAAUGGAGGUGUCGUAAGUACUUGGGUAAAACAAGUAAGGGAAGAAGCUUAUCACAUUGAAGACGUCCUCGAUGAGUACAUGUUAAAUAAGGCAAAACAUCCGCAUGAUUUCGAUAGCGAUCUGAUGCGUUUGCUUUGUAAAAUGUGUUGCUUCAUAAAUGAACUGAUACUGUCCCAUGGAAUUUCAUCAAAGAUUAAAGAUAUCAAAUCAUCACUUGCUGAUAUACAAAGAAGAGCAGAACACUAUAACUUGAGGCACAUAGAUCAAGGAGAUGUUGUACCGCAUGACUCUCGAGUUGGUUCCUUUUUCAUCCAAGGUGCUGAAGUUGUGGGAAUCGAGUCUACUAUGGACCAAUUGAUUGGUUUGUUGGUAAAUGGAACAUCUAACCGUUCAGUGGUUGCAAUUGUGGGCGAAGGAGGACUUGGCAAGACAACUCUUGCUGGAAACAUUUAUAAGAAUGAUACAGUCAAGAAGCAUUUCGAUUGCCAGGCUUGGAUCACGGUUGGGAAAGAAAGCACCAAAAUGGAUAUUCUAAGGAAAGUUGUACAAGAAUUUGAGGGUGUGACAGGGUCUAUUUAUGGAGAGAUGGAUAAAAUGGAAGAGAAUGAUUUGCUUGCCACACUUGAGAGACAAUUGAAAGACAAGUGUUACAUGGUUGUGUUUGAUGACGUGUGGAAAGCUGAUUUUUGGGGAUAUAUAGAGUAUGCUUUAACUGAGAACAACAAAAGCAGUAGAAUUAUGCUCACAACUAGAAAUAAGGGCAUUGCUGAUCUGAUUCCUUUUGUUAAUGUCUGUAGGAUACAACCCUUGCCUUCUGAUAAGGCGUUUGAACUUUUUCGUAGAAAGGCUUUUGGUCCUCAAGGGUGUUGUCCCCCCGAGUUGGAGAAACUGUCUCGUGACAUCCUUCGAAAAUGUGGAGGCUUACCACUAGCAAUUGUUGCCGUAGGUGGUCUUCUCUCAAACAAGAACAAAGCUACUUUUGAAUGGAAAAAGUUACUUGAUGACUUGGGCUCACGGUUUAGAAGUGAUUCUCAUCUAAAAGAUUGCAACAAAGUUUUAUUAGAAGGUUAUUAUGGUCUACCUCACCAUCUCAAAUCUUGUCUCUUGUAUUUUGGUUUUUUUCCAGAAAGCUACUCAAUCAAUUGUGCAAGGUUGAUUCGCUUAUGGAUUGCUGAGGGCUUUGUCCCUUAUUCCAAACGCCUCACAUCUGAACAAGUUGCUGAAGAAUUCUUGAUUGAUCUCAUUAACAGAAGCUUGGUUCAAGUGGUAGAGACGGAUUUCAUGGGAAGACCUAGAUAUUGUCGAGUCCAUGAUCUGAUGCAUGAGAUUAUCCUUAGAAAGACAGAAUAUUUGGGGUUCUCUCAUUUUGUGAACAGAGAACACCCAAAUCUCCCCAACAAAAUUCGGCGUAUUUCAAUACAAGGAAGCACUGAUAGUGUUCUUGAGAGCAUCAAGGAUUCAAAGAUACGUUCUGUUUCUCUUUUCAAUGUUGAUAGGAUGCCUAACUCUUUCAUAACUGCACUUGUGGAUUUCAAACUUAUAAAAGUACUUGAUUUUGAAGAUAGUCCUAUAGAGUAUCUUCCUGAAGGAGUGGGAAACCUCUUCCAUUUGCACUACUUAAGUGUGAAAAAUACAAAAGUAAAUGUACUUCCCAAGUCCAUUGGUAAGCUUCUUAACUUGGAGACAUUGAAUUUGAAGCAAUCUCAUGUGAGUAUGCUCCCAAUUGAAAUCAAGUAUCUGAAAAAAUUGCGCUAUCUAGCGGCAUAUAGUUUGGGCGAGCAUGGUACUUAUGGAAGAGCAGUGAAAAUACCCAGGGGAUUAGGGUCUUUAAUGGAUCUUCGAAAACUAUUUUUUGUGGAAGCUAACUCUGAAGAGCUUAGGAAGCUAACGCAUUUGAGAAAGUUAGGAGUUUGGCUGAAAAAUGGAAAUGGAAAUGAUCUUUGUGCUUGCAUUGCAAAUAUGGAAAAACUUGAAUCUCUGGUUGUACAGUCGACAAGCAGAGACGAAGUUCUUGACAUAGAAUCCAUGGUUUCUCCUCUUCAUGGUCUUCAACGCCUCUACCUAAAAGGAAAUAUGAAGAAGUUGCCAGAUUGGAUUUUUAAACUUGAAUAUCUUGUCAGAAUUGGUUUGGAUUUGUCAGGAUUAAAUGAUGAUCCCAUAAGAGUCCUUCAAGCCCUACCUAAUUUAUUAGAGCUUAGGCUACACAACACAUGCCAUGAUGAGCAAUUACAUUUCAAAGAAGGUUGGUUUCCAAAACUAAAAAUUUUGUUCCUCUUUGACUUUAAAGAAGUGGAGUUGAUCAUUAUAGAGCAAGGUGCAAUGUGUAACCUUGAAAGCUUACGUAUUGGACCAUGCCCUCGAUUGAAAGAGAUUCCAAUUGGACUUGAGCACCUACGAAACCUAAGGAUUCUUUUGUUUAUUCUUAUGUUGAAAGAAAUUUAUUAUAUGAUAAAAGAUGAGAAGUGGAAGAAAGUUACUCAACAUAUACCCGAUUUCCUUGUCACUUUCGAAAUGGAAGGAAAACUAUCUUAUCACACUAUUAAGCAUCUCUCAUCUAUCUUGCUUGUGGAUUUUGAGCAAUUGAUUGAAAAAGUGGAGCGAAGUAAUGAGUCCUCUUAUUCGUGA